AUGGACACCGACAAAGUAAAAACCAAACUCCACGACACUCAAACAGCAAGCUGGAUAAAAACUGCCACAACCUCCUCCAAAGCAAUUUGUACGCUAGCAGGCCGCUACCGCGGCCGCCCAGACUGCUGGCUGCGCUCUCUCCACCGCGGCACUCACAACUUCAGCUGGCGCCUCCACUGGGACGAUGGCGGCGAAGACUGGCUUAUCCGAUUCCCGCUCCCGGGCAAAACAAUGUCUGACGCCAAGGUCGUGCACGAAGUCAUCGCCAUGCAAUAUGUAGCCGCGAACACGGACAUCCCUGUUCCCCGCGUCGUUGCUCACGGGACGGCCAAUGAGAAUCCCACUGGCCUUGGGCCGUUUGUUAUCAUGACUUGGGUUGAGGGCAGGACGGUCGCUGAUAUCAUAGCCGAGACUGGAUUGGGGGAUGUUGAUCCGAAGGUUUUGCGUGUGCUGUAUACGCGGAUGGCGGAGGUGCUGUUGCAUCUUUGGAGCUUGGAGUUUGAUAUGAUUGGGAAUUUGGGCAGUGGGGAGAGUGGAUUUUGUAUUUCGGGGUCGCCGUGGACUCGGGAAAUGAAUGAGCUGGUGAGAGCUUAUGGGAUUGAUAUAGGGGUCUUUGGUACUGGGGUUUAUCAUAGUUCGACGGAUUAUGUGGCUUCGCUGCUUGGGCUGCAGUCUGUGCAAUUGGAGCAGCAGCGGAAUAGUGUUUAUGAUGCUGCGGAUUGUCGGAUGAAAUAUGCUACGCGGCACUUGAUGAAGGCUCUUGCGUUGAAGUUCAUCAAUCGACCUGAUAACCAUGGGCCUUUCAAGUUAUUCUGUGAUGAGUUUGGGCCCGGGAAUGUUCUUCUUGAUGACCAGUUCCGAGUUACUGGUGUUAUUGACUGGGAGUUCUGCUAUGCGGCUCCGGCACAAUUUGCUGGUUCUAUUCCCUCCUGGCUGCUUCUGCAACGUCCGCAUGAUAUCCUCAAUGAUCAAGGCGCGGAUGCUUUCUUAUCAGCUUUCAUGCCUAAAGCAGAUUUAUUCCUAGAAUGUCUGGAGUGGAUAGAGCAACAAAACGAGACCCAAACCACAUCUAAUCGGUUAUCUGUCCGUAUGCGGCAAUCAAUUCAGGACAAAUCUGCCUGGUUCAUUCUUGCGUGUCGCAAUUUCCUGGCUGUGGAUACUCUGUACUGGGAGCUGCUUGAUGAUUUCUGCUGGGGAGCUGGUGUUUCAAUCGAAGAGAGGGUCCGUCAAUUCACUGCAUCAGAUGAUGGAAUGCUCAGAGUUCGAGAGCGGUUCGUGCGACGGAAGAUUCUUCAACUGCGGGAUUAUCAAAAGGAGUUCGGAUGA